UGGUUUAAAAGGGUGUGGUGCAGUGUGUACUGUGUACGAGGAAGCCAAAAAAAUGGUUGUUUAAUUCCACUGCAAAUCUGGAAUAUACAAGGGACAGUCAUUUAUUCAGACUCAUUUGACUUUGAUACCUUUAACCAAAGCUGCACAUGCAUUUUAGUUGGAGCGGAGCAGCAGACGCCAUCUGAAACUACCACACCGGCGAUUGGCGAAGGCAGAUCCAAUAGGGGAGAAUCUUUCAACCGAUCACAGUGGAGAGGGAUCAAACGAAGCCUAUCGUCUACGCCUUUACUUGUUAAUUACUCAUCAUAACAUAAUUACACUCUUAAUCGCUCUUCAUGCACAUCUAAACACUCUCCGCGCAAGCCGACCGCCGCUGGAUUUUGCUUUCCAAUAAUGGCGUACGAGAUCUCUUUCGCCGGAAUAUUCGCUUGCAGCGCCUUCGCUGCCUGCUUCGCCGAGUUCUGUACUCUACCUUUUGACACAGCAAAAGUUAGGUUACAGCUGCAAAAGGGGGCGGCGUCAGGCCAUUCAGGGGACGGAGGAGGCGGUGGAGCUAAGUAUAAGGGCUUGUUGGGUACUAUGGUGACGAUUGCUAAGGAGGAAGGAAUUCUUGCCCUUUGGAAGGGCGUUAUACCUGGCUUACAUCGACAGUUUCUCUACGGGGGCCUAAGAAUCGGGUUAUAUGAGCCUGUUAAGGCCUUCAUCAUAGGCAGUGAUCAUGUUGGAGAAGUUUCUUUGUUCAGUAAAAUACUAGCUGCUCUAUUAACUGGUGCUAUUGCAAUCGCUGUGGCUAAUCCCACUGAUCUUGUGAAAGUUCGACUUCAGGCUGAGAGUAAAGCACCUGUUGGUGCACCUAGGCGUUAUAUUGGAGCUAUGGAUGCAUAUUAUACAAUAGUGAAACAGGAAGGAUUGACAGCUCUAUGGACAGGGCUUGGGCCAAAUAUUGCACGAAAUGCUAUUAUAAAUGCUGCUGAGCUAGCUAGCUAUGAUCAUGUUAAAGAGACAAUCUUAAAAAUUCCAGGGUUCACUGAUAGUGCUUUAACCCAUCUUCUAGCUGGUGUAGGUGCGGGAUUUUUUGCAGUUUGCAUUGGCUCUCCUGUUGAUGUGGUGAAAUCUAGAAUGAUGGGAGAUUCAUUUUACAAAAGCACUUUGGAUUGCUUUUUCAAAACUUUAAAGAAUGAGGGUCCUUUUGCCUUCUAUAAGGGCUUCCUUCCCAAUUUCACUCGACUAGGAUUAUGGAAUGUUAUCAUGUUUUUGACUUUUGAGCGUGUCAAGAGAUUCUUCUUCAUAUGAGAAAUUAAACGAAGCUAAGGAUUUUUUUGAAUAGCCUCAAUCUGGAAAUUCUUUUUGUGAAAUAUUCGGUUGCUCUCCUUGCAAAUAGUCAUUCCACUUGGGUAUGCUGAGGGGAUUUAUUUAUUGAAGGAGCAUCCUGGAAUGCCUUUUUGGUAAUAUAGGCCUGAUGCUUUUUCUCUUCCAGUUCAUUAGUUGAUGAAUCUUGAAUAAACAGUAAAGAUGAACAAUUACUGUAAUAUACGUAUGACAGAAAUUUAUGAUUCUAGUACUCAGGAAGAGAAUUACCACUCCAAGAGGCCAUAUGAAGACACAUUGAGUGAGAUUUUACAAUUGCAUAGGUAGAACCGUAGAAAUAUUCAACAUGGUACACCUAUUCAGUGUAAAUCAAAAUUACCAGAUUGUUUCAUCAUUUGGAAACUAAUGUAUUCACAUUGCGUUCCUCA